UCGCUCUCUUCUUUAUAUUAUUUAUGUAUCUUUCAUUCCCAGUUCUCUGAAAGAAAAAGAAAUUCUCUCAAUUCUGUCAUUGAUCAAAUCGCUAAUCACUAAUCCACUUCAAUGUUCAGUUAAACUUAUUAAUAAAUAUUAAUUCAGUUUAUUACUCAUCUUUCUUUACGCCUCAACACCAACCAAACAUGCAACAUAUUUCAUGACAACGGGAGGUGGGAAUCUGAGUCUGAGAAAUACAAUAAUAAGAAUCACCUUGAUGAUGAUGAUCAUCAUCAUAACCAUUAAAUGUUAUAUUACAAUAGUAUUGAUGAUGUAACUGCAAUUGUAAUUGUAUUGUACCACCUUAAUCAUCAUUAUCAUCUUAUUGUUUUUUUCUGUCUCUUAACUAUUAUCAUUAUUGUCAUUUGCCUUUGAAGGUUCACCACCCACAGAAUCCAGAAUUAAAUUACCUGGAAUAAUAUCAUCACCAUGUAACCAAAUUUUUGAUGAUUGUCUAGAUUCCAAUAAUAAUAAUAAUAAUAAUAAAUGUCGCCUUUUAUCACCCAAUUAUCCUGGAUUCUAUCCUAGAAAUGUAACCUGCCAUUAUCUUAUAAAACAGAAACUAAAUCAAACUCGAAAUGUAAACGGAUUAAAACCUCGAAUCACAAUUAAUCAGUCAAAUGAAUACAAAAUUUCAAUAUUUUCCGGUUCAACGUCAACUUCCACCGGUAAACAAACACGAACUGGCCUCAUAUCAGAUUGUCCAUUGGACAAGGUAAUCGUCUACGAUGGUCCAACCACGAAAUCGCCUCGUCUCCUUCAAUUCUGUGGCACUGGUAAUUUACCACCGAUAACAUCAUCAAAAGGAGAAAUGCUUUUAGUACUUAUAAGUGUUUCUGAUAAUGCUUUGUCUGAUUCACGAUUCGAGAUAGACAUUAGUAUAAAACUGACCAAGGAAGAGUCAACAUCUUUUGGGUUAUCAUCAUCUUCACCUUAUCAUUUAUCAUCAUCAUUGUCUUCAUCACCUUCAGAGCCUUUUAGUUUACCACCGUCUUCAAUAGUUAACGGUGAGAAUGGUCAACCUCGACUACCUUUAAAUAUUAAUCAAAGAUACCAAGAGCAAUCAUCUAUUAAUAAAUGUGAAUAUAUUUACAAUGGGUCAAGUGGAUCUCGAAGUGGUCAAUUUGAAGGUUCACUUCAACCAUCAACUUCACAGAAUACAAGUUGUACUUAUCAAUUUAUGUCCAUAAAUAGUUUUGAUAAAAUUUGGUUACAAUUUAUAUCUUAUUUUACUGAGGACUCUCAUCCUUGGUCAUCAGAGGAAAAAUGUGACUCUGGUGAGCUUCAGAUUACUGAAAUAGUGACCAAUGGUCAACAAUAUUUACCAUCAUUGAGAAAAAAAUCUCCCAAUGGUAAUGCAACCAUUAGAUUGAUUGGUCAUUUUUGUGAGAAAAGUUCACCCAAAAUAUGUGGCCGAGCUUCAGUUCAUAAUAUCAACAAUAAUUAUCGUUCAACGAAUCAUCUCAAGUUACCUGUUAAUCCUAAUCCAAUUGAUUCAGUUAUUAAUCCAACGGUUCCAUGCUCAUAUCCUAAAGAAUCAUAUAUUUCCAAGGUUCUAAUCUGA